AUGCGUCCGCUCGGCUUUGCCCGGGUUGCUCCAAACCAUAUCGUGGUCUUCAAAAAAACAACUAAAGAAGACAAUGAAAACCAAGAUGGCAAAAUGGAUCAGUUGUAUUUUAGAUUGGACCUUCUGCUACAAUCUUCAGAGCAUGUAGUUGAAUUUCAGCUAAUUCUACUCAUUUCCUACCAGUUUUAUAGAAUGUCAAGGCUUGUGAUGCAGAGCAUAGCUCUUCAGUAUUUUUCUCCUGUGCCAGGGUCUCAGCUCUGUAUAAAUGGACACCUGAAACGGAACCAUAGGCAAUUGCUUAACCAUUGUGGACUGGAUACCAGAUACAAUGUGUCUGUGGUCAAUGGCACAAGUCUCUUUGCAAGUGAUGAUCUAACAAACAUCAUUGCAGCAUAUUGGGAUAGAUAUGUUACAAGAGUUUUUUCAGAUCCCAACCCUGUAUGGAUGGCUGGAAGAGCAACAGAUAGACCAUUUAUCAUUAACACCCCUAUUCAUUACCCAGUGGAAGUUAUCUUGUAUCCUUCGAAAACUGCAUAUACUGUGAUGUAA